AUGGCCACCCUGCUGCGCAGCAAGCUGUCCAACGUGGCCACGUCCGUGUCCAACAAGUCCCAGGCCAAGGUGAGCGGCAUGUUUGCCAGGAUGGGCUUUCAGGCGGCCACAGACGAGGAGGCGGUGGGCUUCGCACACUGCGAUGACCUCGACUUUGAGCACCGACAGGGCCUGCAGAUGGACAUCCUGAAAGCCGAGGGCGAGCCCUGCGGGGACGAGGGCGCUGAGCCGCCUGUCGAGGGAGACAUCCAUUACCAGCGCGGCGGCGGCGCGCCCCUGCCGCCCUCGGGCUCCAAGGACCAGACCGUGGGGGCUGGUGGCGAGUUCGGGGGCCAAGACAAGCCCAAGAUCACGGCGUGGGAGGCGGGCUGGAACGUGACCAACGCCAUCCAGGGCAUGUUCGUGCUGGGCCUGCCCUAUGCCAUCCUGCACGGCGGCUACUUGGGGUUGUUCCUCAUCAUCUUCGCCGCUGUCGUGUGCUGCUACACCGGCAAGAUCCUCAUCGCGUGCCUGUACGAGGAGAACGAGGACGGCGAGGUGGUGCGCGUGCGGGACUCUUACGUGGCCAUUGCCAACGCGUGCUGUGCGCCACGCUUCCCUACGCUGGGCGGUCGCGUGGUAAAUGUGGCACAGAUCAUCGAGCUGGUCAUGACAUGCAUCCUGUACGUGGUGGUGAGCGGCAACCUCAUGUACAACAGCUUCCCGGGGCUGCCAGUGUCGCAGAAGUCCUGGUCUAUCAUCGCCACGGCCGUGCUGCUGCCCUGCGCCUUCCUCAAGAACCUCAAGGCCGUGUCCAAGUUCAGCCUGCUGUGCACUCUGGCCCACUUCGUCAUCAACAUCCUGGUCAUCGCCUACUGCUUAUCGCGGGCGCGCGACUGGGCCUGGGAAAAGGUCAAGUUCUAUAUCGACGUCAAGAAGUUCCCCAUCUCCAUUGGCAUCAUUGUGUUCAGCUACACGUCGCAGAUCUUCCUGCCUUCGCUCGAGGGCAACAUGCAGCAGCCCAGCGAGUUCCACUGCAUGAUGAACUGGACGCACAUCGCCGCUUGCGUCCUCAAGGGUCUCUUCGCGCUCGUAGCCUACCUCACCUGGGCCGACGAAACCAAGGAGGUCAUCACGGAUAACCUGCCGGGCUCCAUCCGCGCCGUGGUCAACAUAUUCCUGGUGGCCAAGGCGCUGUUGUCCUACCCGCUGCCUUUCUUCGCUGCUGUCGAGGUGCUGGAGAAGUCGCUCUUCCAGGAGGGCAGCCGCGCCUUCUUCCCCGCUUGCUACGGAGGCGACGGGCGCCUCAAGUCGUGGGGACUAACGCUGCGCUGCGCGCUCGUGGUCUUCACGCUGCUCAUGGCCAUCUACGUGCCGCACUUUGCGCUGCUCAUGGGCCUCACCGGCAGCCUUACCGGCGCUGGCCUCUGCUUCCUGCUGCCCAGCCUCUUCCACCUGCGCCUGCUCUGGCGCAAGCUGUUGUGGCACCAAGUCUUCUUCGACGUUGCUAUCUUCGUCAUCGGCGGGAUCUGCAGCGUGUCCGGCUUCAUACACUCUCUCGAGGGCCUCAUCGAGGCGUACCGAACCAACGCGGAGGACUAG